AUCUGAGUUCAGAGAAACUUAGUUUGAACCGUUUGGCAGCUCUGAUUCACAAACACCUCGAUGCUGAUCAGGCAUCAUGAAUAUCGAUGAUGACUCGCUGGAAAAACUGGACUCUGAUUUUGAUCACUAUCUGGUCGACAUGAAACCGUAUGUGCUUAAGCUUUCUCACAAGUCAGAGCGACAGCGGUGUGCCCUGUGGAUUAAGAAGCUCUGUGACCCUGUGGCGUCUGGCUCCGGCCUGAUGGGUAGGAAGAAUCGCAAUGCAUAUGCUUGUCUACUUCUGCACAUGCUCCGAAGAGGAAACCUCGAGGGCCCUUUUACUCACAAACCUGAGAUGGGCAGCUUAAAAACGUUGCCAACUUACAUGUCUAUCUACUAUGAUGAGCCGCUAGCGUCCAGACCUGGAACACAGAACGCCGCCAUGCUGCCAGACUGGGUAUCGAGUGAGCUGGAUCAUGCAGAUGACGCAUGGUCCAGUCUACUGAGGGACCCAUCAUCACUUCAGAACUCAAACAGGAGGAAGAAUCUGUUUAGUAAAUCUUCUUCCAGACCCUUAUCAUCCAGUCCAAUCAAACCUACUGCUGAGGAGUACCGGAUGUCUUCCUCUCAGGAUGAGCGAAUAAGAAAACAGCCCGCCUCCUCUGACGACAGUGACUUAGAGGUCCGUCUCAACAGCUGGAACCUGGGGAUUGAAAACCCCAGGUAUUUGCGAGAGAACCCUAUUCCCCUGUCUCCGAUUCUCCCAAAAUCAAGCCUGAGAAAAAGUAGUGCCCUUACAGAUGAGCAACCCCCAGUUUUCAGAGCAGAUACGGAGGCUGAAAUGAAGACUAAAGUUCUACAGGCCAAACAUCAGGAGGAGAAGCUGAGGCUUCAACAGAGGCACGACAGUGAUGUUCAGAAGAUUUUACAGCGUAAGAACAGUGAGAUUGAGGAGCUGAAGAAUCUGCACCGGGCCAAGCAGAAAGAGGAGGAGGAAGCGGUGAGGGCGCUGGAGAAAAAAGUUCAAAGCCUGUUGCGCGAGUCCCAGGUCAUCCGCCAGAGCAAAGACAAGCAGAUCGCCGAGUUGAAGAAAAUGUCGGAUCAAAGUGCUGACUCUCUCAAAGACGAAUGGGAGAAAAAGCUCCAUGCCGCUGUGGCUCAGAUGGAGCAGGAGAAGUUUGAUCUGCAGAGGAAGCACACCGAGAACAUUCAGGAACUGCUGGAGGAUACCAACCAGCGGCUGGCAAGGAUGGAGGCAGAAUACAGCACACAGGCACAAACCACUGAGCAGACUGUGCGUCAGUUGGAGGCGCGGGUGAAGCAGCUUUCCGUGGAGGUGGAGAACGGCAACCUGCUCAGGCUGAAGGUCACUCAGGAGAAAGCCGAGCUAGAGAUCCACAUCGCUGCUAUCAGCGCUGAGCUGCAGGAGGCCAAUCGCAGGAACACGUCUCUGCACAGAGAGAAGGAGCUGCAGAGUGAGCAGCAUCAGGAGGCACUGCAGCAAUUCCAAACCAAACACCACGCAGACAUGAGCCACCUCCAGCAGGAGCAUGCACUGUCUGCAGCCAAGGCAUCUGAGGUGAUGGAGGAUUUGGAGCAGGCGGUGACACGGCUCAAACAGCAGCUGCUGGACAGCGAGCAUCAAAAGCAGAAACAGCUCAGGGAGCUGGAAGCAAAGAUGCAGCAAGAAAGACUGGAGCUCCAGCACAGCAGUGAAAGAAAGGUGGAGGCUUUGCAGGCUGAGCUGGAGAAAGAGCGAGCUGAGGCCAGAAAGAAAAGAACCAAGCUGGAGGAGACGCUCAGGGAGAAAGAGGAGCAGAUAAGCCGUGUGAGAGAGGCACAGAGACAGCAGGCUCAGCAGGCCGAGAACACUCUGGAGAGCUUUAAGAAGCAGGUGGAGCUGAGCUCUGAAAAAGCUUACACUGACAUGAAGCAACAGAUGGAACGAGUGGAGGCUGACCUUUCACGUUCCAAGUCACUUAGAGAGAAACAGACCAAAGAGUUCAGCUACCAACUGGAGGAUCUUAAGCAGAAAUAUGAGCAGCAGAUUGUGGAGCUGAAGCUGCAGCACGAACAGGAGAGGACGCACCUUCUCCAGCAGCACAAUAGUGAAAAGGACAGCCUGGUCCAGGACCAUCAGCGGGAGAUUGCUAGUCUGGAGAAGCAGGCACGAUCUGCCAUGGCCCAGCAUCAGGCGCAGACGGCGGAAUGGAGGAAGCGCGAUGGACAGACCAUUACUGAGCUGGAGGCUCAGGUACACACACUAAGAGAAGAGCUGCUUACUGCUAACAGCCAGAGGAAGCAACAGAUCACAGAGCUGGGCCUACUGCGCGAGGAAGAGCGCCAACGUGCCGCCCAGGAACAGGAGGUGGCGCUAGGCCGCGUCCGCGUCGAGAUGGAACGUGUGCGGCAAGAUCUGGAAAGGAGCCAUGCUGCAGAAAGAGAGCUUGCUCAGGAGAAGGCCAACAGCAGGUUGAAGCAGCUGGAGAAGGAGUACGCUCAGAAGCUGGCCAAGUCCGCACAGACAAUAGCAGAGCUGCAGACACUGUUGUGUUCGGUGGAAGCGGAGAGCAAACAGACCCAGCAGACUCUGGAGCGACAGCUACAGGACGCACACGCACUCUGGGACGAGGAGAGAAGACAACUUGGCCGGAAUGCCGACCUAGCCAGCAAGGUUCUCCAGGAGCGUGUGGAGAACUUGCAGAAGCAGCUACGUGCUUCCGAGAAGAAGCUAAUGAGCCGGGAGCUGGAGACCCAAGAACAGAUCAUUCGCAUCCGACAGGAGUACGAGAUGAAGAUCAAAGGCCUGAUGCCUGCUGAGCUCAGGCAGGAGUUGGAGGACACCAUCACCUCGCUUAAGUCACAGGUCAAUUUCCUUCAGAAAAGAGCGUCCAUUUUACAGGAGGACCUGGACGCCUGCCACAGCAGAAGGUAAUCGGGGACACGUUCAGCCAUCAGUCUACUGGAGGACAAUACCUGACUGAAGUGAGGGUUUCAACCCCCCACCCUACCCUAUCAUCCACAUUUACAUUCACCAUUGAUGUCGUCCACCGUGACUUGCUUUGUUGUUUUUAUUUCACAGCAUUAUUAUUAUUAUUUGAUGUAUUUAUGCACUGAUCCAUCAUAUUUAUUUCCUUUUUUUAAAGAAAUGUUCUGCUUAACGUGGCAUGCUGUUUAUUUAUCAGAACAAAUGUGGCAUGCUGUUUGUUUGUCUUGAUGUAUGAAGGAAAA